AUGCGGCGGACAUCACGCUUCUACCUGGCGGUCUUCGCCCUGUUGGGCUCGUCCCAUGCAGCAUCACAUGCAGCAGAGCACAAGGCCGAUCAAUGCGCGUUCGAGCCCGGUGCCAUCGUGUCGGACGCAUGCGCGACGUACGCGGACCUCGAGGACAUCAACGAAGAGGUGGCGCCCUACCUGGACAAGAUCACGCGCGAGACGGACUUCUUCUCGUACUGGCGGCUGAACCUGUACAACAAGAAGUGCCCGUUCUGGUCCGACGAGAACGGCAUGUGCGGCAACGUGGCCUGCGCCGUCAACACGCUCGAGAACGAGGAGGACAUACCGCUGGUGUGGCGCGCCGAGGAGCUGGGCAAGCUGGAGGGCCCCAAGGCCGAGCACCCGGGCCGCGCCGCGGCGCAGAAGAAGGGCGAGGAGGGCCGCCGGCCGCUCAAGGGCAGCCUGGGCGAGGGCGUCGGCGAGAGCUGCGUCGUCGAGUACGACGACGAGUGCGACGAGCGCGACUACUGCGUGCCCGACGACGAGGGCGCCGCCGCAAAGGGCGACUACGUCAGCCUGCUCGACAACCCGGAGCGCUUCACCGGCUACGCCGGCGUCGGCUCGCAGCAGGUCUGGGAGGCCAUCUACCGCGAAAACUGCUUCUCCAAGCCGCGCCCCGACGGCGACGGCGUCACCCCCGCCGGCACCGGCCUCGGCGUGGCCGGCCUGGGCGGCGCCCCGGCGCAGGCGGCCCAGGAUCUGAGAAACGUCAUGCGCAACCAGCCGCUGCAGCGGAACGUGCAGUCGGCCAUCGCCAACCGGGGCGCGGUGCCGGCGGCGGCGGCCGGAGGGCGGCGGGUGGACCAGCUCGAGCUGGACGACGAGUGCCUGGAGAAGCGCGUCUUCUACCGCGUCGUGAGCGGGAUGCACGCGUCCAUCAGCACGCACCUGUGCUGGGACUUCCUCAACCAGACGACGGGCGAGUGGCACCCCAACCUGGCGUGCUACGAGCAGCGCCUGCACCGCUUCCCCGACCGCAUCUCGAACCUGUACUUCAACUACGCGCUCGUGCUGCGCGCCGUCGGCAAGCUGCGCGCCCACCUGCACGACUACCGCUUCUGCGCCGCCGACCCGGCGCAGGACGCCGCGACGCGCAGCCUCGUGCUGUCGCUCGUCGACACCAUCCCCGCCAACCAGCGCGAGCGCAUCUUCGACGAGGGCGUCAUGUUCCGCGACUCGCACGCCGCCGUGCUCAAGGACGACUUCAAGCACCGCUUCCGCAACGUCUCGCGCGUCAUGGACUGCGUCGGCUGCGACAAGUGCCGCCUCUGGGGCAAGCUGCAGGUCACGGGCUACGGCACCGCCCUCAAGGUCCUCUUCGAGCUGGACGAGAACGACGAUGAUGUCUCUGGCCCGCCCCCGCUCCGCCGCACCGAGCUCGUCGCCCUCGUCAACACCCUCGGCCGCAUCAGCCACUCCAUCACCGCCGUCAAGCGCUUCCGCGCCAUGAUCGCCGAGCGCGACGGGCAGGUCUCCACCACGAGGAACGAACCCGCGUCCCGCGCCGCCGCCGACCCGACCGGCCCGCCCGUGCUGCCGACGCCCAUCGCCGACGCGUACGAGGCGCGGAAGAGCGCCGAGGCGGAGCGCGAGAGGCAGAAGAAGGAGGCGGAGAAGAAGGCCGAGGACGACGGCUACCCGGCCUUCAUGCGCAAGCCGCGCAUCAAGAACCCGACGCCGUGGGAGUCGGUCAAGGAGGAGGCGGAGCUGGUGUGGAACGCGUAUUGGUGGGUGUUGAGGCAGUGGGCCGCCAUUCCGGGGAAGUUUAUCAGGAUCACCAUCGUCGAGCUCAGCCGCCUGUGGGAUUUCUGGCUCGGCUUGCCCACCAAGCCGCGCAGUUGGGAGUUUAGGAAGCCGGUUGCGAGAGAGGAGCUCUGA